CUGUCGCCGCCGCCGCCGCCAUGUUCCGGAGCCUGCUGGUGGCGGCGGCGCAGCGGCCACAGGCCCCGGCUGGAUCCCCUCGGUCGCCGCUGCCCCCCGCCGGCCCCGCCACCGAGGCGCUGGAGGCCCAGUUCAGCUGUCCUAUCUGCCUGGAGGUCUUCCACCGCGCCGUCGGCAUCGCGGGCUGCGGGCACACGUUUUGCGGGGAGUGCCUGCAGCCCUGCCUCCAAGUGCCGUCCCCUCUCUGCCCGCUCUGCCGCAUGCCCUUCGACCCCAAGAAGGUGGAGAAGGCUUCCAGCGUGGAGAAACAGCUCUCAUCCUACAAGGCUCCCUGCAGAGGCUGCAGCAAGAAGGUGACCCUGGCAAAAAUGCGCUCUCACGUCUCGUCCUGCGCGAAGGUGCAGGAGCAGAUGGCCAACUGCCCCAAGUUUGUUCCAGUUGUCCCCACGUCCCAGCCCAUCCCCAGCAACAUUCCCAACCGCUCGACGUUCGUCUGCCCAUACUGCGGGACCCGGAACUUGGACCAGCAGGAGCUGGUGAAGCACUGCAUGGAGAACCACCGCAACGACCCCAACAGAGUGGUGUGCCCUGUCUGCUCAGCCAUGCCCUGGGGGGACCCCAGCUACAAAAGUGCCAACUUCCUCCAGCACCUCCUCCACAGGCACAAGUUCUCCUAUGACACCUUUGUGGACUACAACAUCGAUGAGGAGGCAGCGUUGCAGGCUGCCCUGGCACUGUCUCUGUCUGAGAACUGAGGCUGACCACGAGCAUCGCUUUGGAACCCCCCUCACCACCCUGACUCCUUUUGCACACUCAGCCUUCCUGCCAGGGAGGCCCAGACCUCAUCAGUCCCCCCAGAGACCCGCUGCUGCCUCUCUUCCUUCUCCUCUUUAGCCAAAGUCCACCUUGUUGAAGAAGGUGGAGGCUCUUUGGCAUCGUGCUGGACUGGUGAGAGCAGAGUCAUCCACCUGCUGCCAGGAGGAGAGAGGAAUCGGUACUGAACUCCUCGGUUGGGGUUUGGACCACUCCUCGGUUGGGGUUUCCUCUCCCUGUUUGGAUUGUCUGCCUGUACCCAGACCUAUUUAUUAGGAGAUGCUUUUUGGCACUAUUUGUCUCUCUGUUGCAGCUGAGUAGGUACCUAAACCUCUGAUGCGUUUCAUGCCAAAAUGCCCUGAUUGGCAUGGAAUCAUCCACCUCCUCCCUGAAAGGGAAGGAAGCAGCACGGAGCAUCUUGGUCUUGUUUGGUUUUGAUUUUUUUUUUAAGACUACAAAGCUAUUUCCAGAGACAUCAGCAGGCAGGAGCUGCCUCUUUGCCUGCUGCUGCCCGGGUUGGGUUGAAUCCCCGGGGCAAAAUGAUUGCCCUCGUGUGCAGCGGGUUCGGAGGAGUCCGUUUGGAUGGCAUCCAGUGAAACUCCACUUCCUUCUUUUGUACCAGCUCUUGUGAUACUGAGCUCUUGCUUUUUAUUUUCUACAUGUCCUCGGUGUGAUGCCUUUUUCCACCUUUUGUAGAGCAAGGACAGAAGCUGUUAACUCUUCACGCUGCAAUAUCUGUCACGGGGGACCAGUAUUUUUAUGGAGCACUAUUAAGAGAAGUUCUAUUUUUUAAAGCAAACCCCAAGCAAACCAACAGGCUGCGGCUGUGAAAUCUGCUGGCAAGCAGGACCCAGACCCUGGGGCUGGCAGGUGGGACCAUGGGGAGCAUGUGCAUCCUCUCUGGUUGUUUCUGGGCUCUUCUCUUUUGUUGCUGUGUUCCUUUGUGGGCAGGCGGUGAUGGAGGAGAGGCUGGGUCAGAGCAGCACCUUGUGGGCUGGAGGAGCUGGUGCUGAGCUGCCUUUUUGAGGAGCAGCAGUAGCAAUUGUAUUGUGACCACUAACCUUUGGGGUGCAUUCUACCUACUUAAUGCUCUCUGAGGUACAUUCUUGGGGUCAGUAACCCUCUCUGGGGCACAUUCCCCUGCCCACUAACCCUCUUUGGGGUGUCUUCUGCCCACUGGCCCUCUCUGAGGCAUGUUUUCUGCCCACUAACCCUCUUUGGGGUGCCUUCUGCCCACUAACCCUCUCCAGGACAUGUGUUUGAGCUCUUGAUGGCUUAAUCUUGCAGGCAGAGCUCCGUGGCAGUGCUGGAUGUGGCCAUGGGCAGGGUGUAAUCCAGCGUGGUGGCUUUCCAGAUGGUAUUCUGCAGUAAUCCGGAGCAGGCAGGUUAGUUGUGGCACGCUGACGCUUGGUCUGGGUGAUGGGUCUGCAGGAGGGAUAUCUGCCCACUCAAGACCCCAGUACUGAGUGUGUCAUCCCCCUGAAACGGGAUUGUGUCUCCCUCUUCCUGGGAAUAUGGCACAACUGGGCAGAUGUUGAUCCAAGAGGUGCUCCGCAGCAUCCUGGUGACCUGUCCCUCCUGAUCCUUUGCCUGCUGCUUGUGGAGUCUGCUGGGCUGGGUGAGGGUGGCAGAAAGAUCUGUCAUGACCCAUCUGAAGGGUCGUUGCUGGUGCUGGGGGUGAGGAGCUCUGUGCUGGGGCCCUCCCACCCCUCAAGGUCACAGCAGUGACGGGAUCAGCCCAAAGCUCUGGGUGAAGGAACCGCGAGCAUGGGUGAGCAAUCCCUCUGCCCCUCUCUGGAUGGGUAAGUGCCCUUCUGUGGUUUCUCCAAGGCCUGGCUCUGGCUCUGCUCUAGCAAUACCCUCUUAUUUUGUACUUUGGAUUCGAUCAGUACUGGCUGUGUUUCGGGGGCUUUGAAGCUCCCCUGUGCCACUGGCAGCCCUACAAGUGGGCAGAGACCAUUUGCUCUCCUAGCAGAGGGCAGGGAAAGGGCUGGAGCUGCUCCACUCCCCUCCACUGAGCUAGGCUAGCAAGGAGGGAUGAGAUCUUCUAUUACCAGCCUGACACCUGCCCAGCCCAGGAGAUGCCCUUGAUGCACCCAAGAUCAUGGGUGGGCAUCUCCCUGAAGGGGCCCAGGAGGGUUUUCCUAUCCCAUCCUCAACUGGGAUCCUCUGUUCCUGGGGCAGCCUCCACCAGAACUGUCUUACUCCUCUUCCUCCUCCUCUUCUUUUGCCCCACAGCACCAGAGCAGGGGCAACAACGGCUGCUUUUGUAAAGCACUUUAAGGUCCAGGCUGCAUGGGCGGCUCCUGCUUGUCCUCUCUUGGCAGGGGCUCAGUUGUGCCUGCUGCCAGCUGGGCUGUGCCCUGCCAGGAGCUCCGCCGUGCCGCCGGCCGUGCUCGUGUCAGUGUUAGCCACCACUUUUUUUGCAGAACUUGAACUUUUAACUAGACCCUACUGUUUUUUGAAGAAGAAGAAAAAGAAGAAGAAAACAGACAACCUUCUUUGUAGCAAAGCAUUUUUUCUCAAUAAAGGCAGUUUCAUCCACCA